AUGUCCAAGACCAAUACGUCCGUCUUAUCCGACAUUCCACUCCAUCAACGCACAGCUGCAAAAGGUCAAGCGAAUGCUGCAACAAGUCCGAGUUUUAGUGCCCUGAGGCUGUCUGCAGCACUGACACAGGGCAUCAUGGCCGGGCCCUUGUCAGAUCUGGAAUAUGCUUCGCCAAGUGACAUUCAGGCUCUGGCAAUUCCUAAGCUUGUAGCAGGAUGCUCUACAGGUGCAGAGAAGCAAGCCUUCUUGCUAGCUGCCGAGACUGGAUCUGGCAAGACGCUCGCCUACCUGGCCCCAAUCCUGCACCACCUGAAAAAGCAUGAAGCAGAACGAGGCGAGGGUUUUGUGCGUGCGCCAGGACAUCCGGGCUGUGUCAUCGUUGUGCCGAGUAUUGAAUUGGUCAAGCAAGUGGGCGGCGUGGUCAAAGCGCUUUCUCAUCACGUCAAGUUCUCGGCAACGACAUUGCUACCAAGCUUUAGCUUUCGACGCGCCAAGAAUGCGGUGCUCGUUCAUCCUGUCGAUGUCCUCGUCACUAUGCCAAGUCAGCUGAGUAACUUGCUGGCUGAAGGAAUCGUCAAGCUCGACACGACGCGCUUUGUUGUAGUGGACGAAGCAGACACGCUCUUUGACAUUUCUUUCGAGGACACCAUGGAAACCAUCAUCAAGCACGUCAAGAGAUCUGUGCAACAUCUCGUUCUCUGCUCAGCAACUAUUCCGCGCUCCCUCGACUCAUUUCUACGCAAGCAUUACCCAGAUAUCGAGCGACUCGUGUCCUCCAAGAUUCAUGCUAUUCCACGACGCGUGGCCAUGAAGUUUGUGGACAUUGAAAAAGAAUUCAAGGGCAACAAAGACCGAGCCGCUCACCAAAUCUUGCGUGACCUGGCACAAGACGGAACUGAGCCUGGCAAAGUCAAGAAAGUCAUCUUGUUUGUCAAUAAGCGAGAGACGAUUGCGCCAGUGGCUACGUAUCUCAGAGAGCGCAAUAUUGAUUGCUUGGAGUUCUCCAAAGACUCACCGGACCGCGGUGCUGCCAUCAACCAAUUCUUGUCGACUGAGGAAAACGUUAUCGCUUCUCCGGCAGAGCAAGAUUCCAGCGAAACUGAUGUUGCAGAUGAAGCCCAACCGCUUGAAGAAGCGGUCACCGCCUCGGCACCAGACAAGAACUCUCUCAAAGUUCUCAUCACCACAGACCUUGCCUCGCGCGGUAUCGACACGAUUGCCGUCAAGAAUGUCGUGUUGUACGAUGUUCCUUAUUCCACGAUCGAUUUCAUCCAUCGCGUCGGCCGAACUGGUCGUGCAGGCCGCCGAGGACGUGCUUUUGUCCUCGUCAACAAGGAAACAGGCAAUCAAUGGAUCAAAGAUGUCAAAAGGAUGGUCAUCAAUGGUAUGCCCCUCAUCUAG